UAACAACAACAAUACGAAGGCGGCGAAUUAGAUUAUGGCAGACAUGAUCUGUCACGCUCUCGUUUAAAGCGACGUAAUCUGUUUGAGUAGUGACUUGCAGAGAGGAGAGCAAAACGUGCCGUUAUUUUCCAUUCAUUUAAUGAACGAAUGAGCAUACCCCUUCCCUCUCCUUCUGUUACAUAAAGUCCUUGUGAAAGUGCUUCCUCUCGUGCUAUCCCACUCUCAUUCGCAUUGCGUGAGAGGACGGCCAGGAGCGGAUUCAGGAUAUUUGACAGCGGUUAGGUUUUGAAGUUCCCUCCAUAAAGAUAUAUCUAUAUAUAAUAUAAUAUUUAAAUGAAUUCUCUUUUUGAAUUUCAUAAUUUGUGAAGUACUUUCGGUAGAAUAAUUAAAAGCCCUCCACAACAUAUACAAACCCGCCCCUGGUGCAUGUGCUGUACUUUUCUUACUAACAGGUGCUUUACAGCCAAAACUGCACAUGUUGCUUUCCUAUCUCGCUCGCUCGGCUGAGGGUCAAGAUCGGCGCGAAGAAAUGCUCCCCGAAGCCUAAUAAUUUUGCAUCCCGAUUGCCAUGUUCGAAUUUAGAAAUUGCUAGUUUCAGUGCAGCGUUCGACGCAAGCGAAUAGCCAAAUAGCAACUUAUACCAUAUAACGCAGGCAGAGAUUCCAAUGGCUGCAACACUACUGUGGCAAAACCUCAAGGUACUCGUCACUCGCUAUCCGAUUAUGCGCGGCAUGAUAUCGUACAGCCUGAUUUGGCCUACGGGCAGCUUGAUCCAGCAGACGGUGGAGGGCAGGCGCUGGGGCACCUAUGACUGGUGGCGCGUAUUCCGAUUCAGUAUGUACGGCGGUCUUUUUGUCGCUCCCACGCUCUACGGCUGGGUCAAGAUUUCCAGCGCCAUGUGGCCACAAACGUCGCUGAGGACCGGCGUCAUCAAGGCGGCGGUGGAGACGAUAUCUUAUACUCCCGGUGCCAUGACCUGUUUCUACUUCAUUAUGAGCCUGCUGGAGUCCAAGACCGUGGAGGAGGCAGUGGCUGAAGUCGGAAAAAAGUUCCUACCGACCUACAAGGUGGCCUUAUCCGUAUGGCCACUUGUGGCGACCAUCAACUUUACACUAAUUCCCGAGCGCAACCGAGUGCCCUUCAUCAGCGCCUGCAGCUUGUGCUGGACCUGCUUUUUGGCCUACAUGAAGCAUCUAGAACACCACGAGGUGGAUGGAGCUAUUUAGUGGUCGUAUUUUUGUAUAUUAAAUUAGUUUAAAUAAAGUAAAUAACUUAAUAAGAAA